ACUCCGCCCCGGCUAGGCUGGGCAGGGCCGGGCAGUGGGGCCGCCUCGGCCGGCCCGGAGGAGGAGGAGGAGGAGGGGGCGGCCAGGCCCGAUGGGGGAGCCGCGGCCGCCUCCGGGGGCGCCGCUGCUGUUCUUCGUGCUGAGCCUGGCGGGCAACGGCGGCGGGCAGCCCCUUGCCCGGAUCCCCCGGGGCACCAUCCUGCACACCCCCAAAGUCGAAGUGGCCUUCGCUGCCCCUGGGUGGGAGACGCACCUCCAUCAUCGGUGGCUGCAGAAGGCGAUGGGCAGAGGUGCGUGCCCAGCACAGCAGAAGCUACUCCCCCUCUGGGAAAGGCUGCCAGCGGUUCAGCAGUUCCGGACAUACGGACGGCUUCGACGCGCCGUUUUCCUCCCUCGGUUUGCUCCGACGGGCACCAAGAGACUAGCAGAAAAAGCUGGCCGUGCCCUGGAGGAGGAAAGACUCUUGAGCCGAGCUCGGCCCAACUUUCACGACGGGAAAGACUCUUUGAAGCCGGCCCGAAGGACCCCCCCGAAUCAGCUGGGCGAUGCCAGUGAGGUGCCCGAGCAUCGCUCGGCCACCAAACCAGGUGGACAACCACCGCUGCCCAGCGUAGCCACGGAGGCUGGGGCAGCGCACGAAGCCGGAUGCCGGUGCCCGGACAGCCAGCGGGCUACGGUGGCAGCCCGUGCCUUGGAGGCAGGGCAGGAGGGUCUCCGUGUGCCCACUCCCCGGACAGAGGAAGCAGCCUGGGCUGCCAGCGCCCUGACGUUCUUGCUGGUGCUGCUGACGCUGGCCGUGCUCUACACCCGUCUGCACCAGAAGUGCCGACGCGGGCCGAGUCUCUACUGGAUGACCGGCGGAGAGGAGGGGCACGAGACAGUGGCUGCCGUCAUGAAACACCGCUUCUUCUCGCGUCACCGACGGGCCAAGCGCUCACGGCAGCCACUUCAGCAGCCACGGAUGCUCCUGCCCGGCUCCUCCAGCGACGACGACAGCUCCUCUGCGUGACUGACGGCCUCGCCCGGCCUGGCCUGCCUGGAGGGACCGCCAGCCCCGAGCCCACCAGCCAAGGGGGCUUGGGACUCACCCUCUGCCUUCUUUUUUUCCUUACUCAAUAAAAUAUAUUUUCCUACGUA